AUGUCCACUUUCGAAAAGGUUGUUGUCAUUGAUGGCAAGGGUCAUCUUCUCGGCCGUCUUUCUUCCAUCAUCGCCAAGCAGGCUCUUAGCGGCCAAAAGGUCGUUGUUGUCCGCUGCGAGGAGUUGAACGUUUCUGGCGAGUUCUUCCGCAACAAGCUCAAGUACCACUCUUACUUGCACAAGCAGAACCGUGUCAACCCUCGUCGUGGUGGUCCUUUCCACUUCCGUGCUCCUUCUCGCAUCUUGUACAAGGCUGUUCGUGGUAUGAUUCCUCACAAGACUGCCCGUGGUGCUGCUGCUUUGGAUCGUAUCAAGCUUUUCGAAGGUGUUCCCGCUCCUUAUGACAAGGUCAAGCGCAUGGUGAUCCCUGAUGCCCUUCGUGUCCAACGCUUGAAGCCUGGUCGCAAGUACACCACUCUUGCCCGUAUCUCCAAGGAAUAUGGCUGGAAGUACCAAGAUGUCGUUGCCAAGCUCGAAGACAAGCGUAAGGCUAAGGCUGCUGCUUACCACGAGCGUAAGGUUGCCCUUGCUGCCAUUGAGAAGAAGGCUAUUGCUUCCAAGGCCGAUGCUGUCAAGGAUAUCAACGCCUCGCUUGCCGCUCUUGGUUACUAA